AUGGAUCUAUCCCAUCUCACACGGCCUGGCAUUUUGUGUCAGUGUGUUCGGUGCUCCAGCUCGCUGGCUGCACUGGAGAACGAAUGGGCGAAACUAUCUAAUGCCUACUCAAUCCCGACAGCAUGGCUUAGUGUCGACCUCCAUCGCAUCGCCGUUUCUUCGGAGCGGAAGCAAAUCCCUCACACAUCGGAUAUGACCCUUUUGCGUGGCCGCGUCAUCCAGGAAGUGUCCUGUAAACUCUGUCAGCAACGGAUGGGUGUACUGUGUCCCCUUGACAAUGGGAUGAAUAUCCUGUGGAAAAUGUCCAAAGUUGCUUUUAGAGAGAUCGUCACUAUGCGAACAGUGCAGCCCGUAUUCAAACAGGGGGCACUCGAACGACUGAUUUGUCCCCCGAAAGAACCUCCGCGCCGAAAUCCCGACCUCAUCCAAGGAAGUGCGCUGGUACCAGCUGGCUGCACCGAUCCCACUACGCUCGACCCAUCCAUGCAAAACCAAAUGCUCCAUCAGGGUAGAAGCAUUGAUCAGAUUUCGAACUCAGUGAACCACCUCCAAGAUACAAUGUCAGAUCUCAAACAUUCAUUUACAGCACUUCGAAUCGAGUUGAAUGGACCGGGCCGAAAUUUGGGGGAAGGUUCUGUACUUCAGGGACAUGACUUUGACAUGAUUGCUAUGGUGCUGAAGGAGCUCAAGUCCAAGUCCGACGAGAUCGAGAAACUAAAGUUGGAGAUUGAGGCCCUGAAACUGAAGAAUCGCUACAUGGGAGUGGCCUUGCCACACCAGCAAGAAUCAUUGUCGAUCAUGAACAUGAAUGCUGCACUCCCCGAAGUUCGGAGCCCCGGCUUGCUACAGGCGGGCCGGAAACGUCACUGGCCUGACGCAUUUACGGGCGAUCGCAGUCAGGUAAUCGCAGACUCCUUCGACGACGAGGACGAUAUGGUAGAUGAGAUGUCACUAUCGGAUCCGCCCAUGAACAGCUCUCGCGUUCCUCUUAACGACCAACGCCAACCUGCAAUUGCCAGUAGGCCACCUGCAGAAAACGAACUUAGGUCCCUAGAGGUGCAGAUGCCUGCUCGAGAGUCUCAACACACCUCUACCUCCCUUCAAACCUCACCCUACAACUUACAGCAAACAAUAGCUAAACGCCCGCGCUUAGGUGGGCCGGCAGAAGAUAGCCCCCAAACAGCCCCUCCGCAGCCACAAGCUGUUCCUCAGAAAAGACCGCUUGGCCGGCCGAGGAAAUCAAUCAGCCAACCCACCAUUUCCAACCCCAUUGAAACACCCAGUACCGCUCCUUCUAGCACACAGGAGGAUGUCGAAUCAAAUGGUCAACCAAACACAGUGCGACGUCGCACAUCUCGUCGCAGCUUGCGUGCACAAUCUCUCGGACCAAACACCAACGACACACAUACUCAACAGGACCAGCAAAAGUCACAAGAAUUGACUAAGGUUCUUCCUGAGACUCAUCCAGCACCCAACAAAAAGAGCAAGCGUAAUACUGGCUCUCCCAAUGGGAAACGAACUGGUGGUCCAGAUGAUGCCGGCGAUGAGGCUGCUAUGAACGAGAAGCGGAAAGCAAAGGUCGCGGCGCGGGACGUCAUGGCCAAGAUGGCUUUACAGCACGAGGAGGCAUUGGAAGCCGAGAAUGCACGUUAA